AUGGCAACACAAUUAGACAGUUAUAGUUUAAUGAUAGUAUCAAAAUACUUUCAGUCGAUCGCCGACUUUAUCAACGCGACUCUCGUAUGUAAGAAGUUCAUAGCAACCAUCGCGAAGUUUCACUUCAAUCCGAUUCCUCUGACCUCCCACACACGUUCUUAUUUCACGCAUCUUGAAACGCAGUACCUCUAUUCCCCCACCGAUAUCAAAUUUUAUGACGGCUCUAUAUCUCGACACCUUGUCACCUACAAAACGCAGUUGACUGUAUUUCCCGCACAAACUGCCUUUCCGACUUUCUACACGAAAGUGCUGUAUAAAGAAUACGACACCAUUUCUGAGUCUUUUUGCCUUCCUCAAGGCAUUCACGUCUUUUGUGGGUUUGAAUAUCCAUACAACUCUGUGACUGCUCUCACAGUCUCAUCAAGUGUCGUCGAACUUGCCGACGACUGCUUUUCCCGCUGUGAGAAUUUGGUCCACAUCACCCUCCCCGACACCCUCACCCGGGUCGGUGACCGAUGUUUCAGUUUUGCAAUGUCUCUCCAAGAAAUCAGUCUUCCAACUAACUUGACACGCCUGAGCAAAGCAUGUUUUAAGUUCUGCUCGGCACUGUCCGCUGUCACCAUGUCGAGAUAUAUCACUGAAAUUCCAGAGAAGGCGUUUUACGCGUCACUGUGUAUGAAACAUUUUCAGAUCCCCUUUGGCGUCACACGACUGUGUACUCAAAGUUUCUCGUUCUGCCAAUUUGAGUCGAUUGAAAUUCCGCCGACGAUCUCGAUAUUUGGAGAUGAAGUCUUUUCGACGUGCGAGAAGGUGACGAGCAUCGCAUUCCCAGACUCUUUACAAGAUAUCGGCAACUGCACUCUCCAACACUGUAAAAGUCUGCUGAAUGUCCAUCUUCCACUGAGUUUAACACGAUUAGGAAAUUAUGUGGUGCACGACUGUUUAAGUCUCAGUACAAUGAACGUCCCAACAAGUGUGAAGGUCAUUGGGACGUUUCCACUCUCGCGGUCGGUAGUGAAAUAUUUGAAUUUACCGGAGGCCCUUGUCACAACGAUUUUGAGUCAGACGGAGAACCUUGAAAAGAAGAGUUUGUGUUGCUUUCAAUUAGAAAGCGUGAAGGUGCCGAGUCGAGUCUCCGAGUUGGUUGGGUCCUUCAUCGACUGCGAACAAUUAAAAGAUGUGAGUCUUCCGACUACAAUUAUUAAAUUGGAUGAAAGCUUUAAUGGAUGUUCAGGACUUGUGUCUAUUAGUGUGCCAACAUCAGUGACGUUCAUCGGGAAGAAGUGCUUUAAACGAUGUGAGUCCCUUCAAUGUGUCACUUUACACGCACCCUUACAUCUAUUGGAUAUUAAGUGCUUUAAAUUCUGUUACUCACUAAAAGAGAUUGAAUUACCGAAGUCGAUCACAUUACUGAAAGAUGGAUGCUUUGCCGAGUGUGUGAAAUUGCAUAAAGUGGUUGGUGAGGGGGUUGUUGAGUUGACGAGGAAAACGUUUGAGAAUUGUAAAAAGUUGCAAACCCUGUGUUUACAAGUGCCGUUGCGACUGAAUGAGAUGGAGAAGUGCUUUAAACAAUGCAGCUCGAUGACGUCAUUUUCCUUUGGAGAGGAGAAAAAUAAGAAGAAGUGUCAUUUAGUGUCACAAACUUCAUUUCAGUGUGAAGCGAUGUUUGAGAUGUGUUAUUCAUUACAACGUGUGACACUGCCAAAGAUGAUUAAAAUGAUACCGAAACGGAUGUUUAAAGACUGCGUCUCGUUAUUUGAGAUAGACAUUCCCCACUCUGUGACAAUGAUUUCAGAAGAAUGUUUCAUGAACUGUCACAUGUUGUCUAAUUUCCAUAUUCCAACAUCAAUUCUUUACUUUGGCGAAAGAUGCUUUAAAGGCGUUGGACUCACACAAAUCGUUUUGAAUGAGUCCACACACGUUGUUUUGGAGAAAAAGUGUUUUGAAGGGAAUGCCGUGCAAAGGUUCAAGAUCCCGGCAGUAAAAAGUUUUGAUGGAUGUCUGAAGAAUAACGCGAAAUUACUUGCACUGACCCUCCCACAGUCAAUACAAAAGUUCGCUAAUGUCUUCGACGGAUGCUCGGAACUCACGGAAAUUGUCUUUGAGAACGAUGUCACAUCUUUUGGGUCGUUGCAAUUUACUCAAUGCACACAAGUCAAACACAUUGCGCUCCCCAAAACACUGAAAACCCUCCAAACGUAUUUCUUCUCGGGGCUGCAAUGUCUUAUGGAAAUGAAGAUUCCUAGUGGGGUAUCAGUCAUUCCAGCUUAUUGUUUUGCAAAUUGCUCGGCACUGACGGAAGUGAAGACCCAUAGAGGAAUCACCGAAAUAUGCCAAUUCGCAUUUUUGAAUUGCGUGUCUCUGCCAUCUCUACUUGUAAGCUCGUCAGUGACUAUAUCAAGUCUUUCAUUCGCAAAUUCUUCUGCAAAUUUGAUAUUCUUUAAUUGA